GGCGGAAUGGCCCUUUGUUACACUGUCCUGCCGGAGAACCAGCGACGGAUCCCAAUUUAAUCCCUGGCCCGAUGCGACAGGGGUUUCGUGCCCCUUGAUGUUGGACGACGAUACGAUCGGAACACGAUUACUGGCCAGAAUGUCGUCCCUGGAGCUCGGCAGAUGAAAGGAAAGAGGUUGUGCUCUGUAUCACGUCGGACGCCGGUGCAUGGUUUGCGCGUGGUGGUACUGCCAACCGUACCUCUCCUUCAAGGGACAGCGAAAGGGUAUCUCUGUGAGUGCAGUGGGAGACGAAGCUACGACCGGAAGGGUAAUACGGAUGAUUCCUCGUCCAUGUCUAUAUCUGGCAUUAUACUAUAGUUUUCAGCCAGCCAGCCAGCCUGGACCGACCCAGGGUAUGCCCCAUCGAGCGUUGGUGGAUCAGAGCCACUACCGAUGACCGUGUCGAACUAGCCCCAUCCUGGGUGAUUCUAGCGACCUCCCCGCUGAGUGUUCAAUGGCCCGACCGGCGGCGUGAUGGGUCUCGGUCUCGUUCCAUCGAAACAUCCACGACAAGAGGGUGUGGUCCGCGUCCACCAGAUUGACCAGUCCAAUCGUACCGAUGUGCUUUUUUAGGAAACGGGGAUACUUCUUGUGUCAACCUUGAGUCCCAUCGGGGACGAUCCUGGAUUCUUCACGUUACACUGCUGAAUCCUUCAAGAAACUACUCGGAAUGACCAAGUCUGAGAUGUCAAGUGCUGUCCUAUCCCGCUGUGUCUCCGCGAUGACCACUGGACCAGUGACCAGCCUCGCAGCCACCACGGACAGGGUCAACGGUGCGUCGAUCUCACCCGGUCUGGGACCAUCGCUGGGCGUGAGGAUUGCGAUCCUCAGCCUAGUUUCAGCCAUCACCACUCGAUCGGAAUGGGAAAUCGAAUCACAGGUGACGAUUCAACAUGUCGAUAAAUUAAAAGGACAGAAUCUAGAAAUUUCCGACUUUCCUGUCGCUCAUCUGCUCCAGGAGUCCGCCCAAAAAAAUCUACAAGCCCCUCGACCUGUCCUGGACCAGACGAUACCCACUGUCAACCAUCAAGAAGAUUCUUUGAUUUUUGAUUAUUAUUACAGAUAUAUUAAAAUCAGCAGCCGAGAAGGGGAGAAAGAAAAGGGAGGCGAGUGGAUGGCCACACGGGCGGAUGCAUUCUUUGCUUUUGCGGCUGGGAAUGAGCAGCGCCAAUCAUUGCACCCUGUCGGAGCAACUGGCGAAUAAAGACGGAUUCGAUGUGUCGUGACUGUCUGCUGAUUUGAUUCUGAUACUUCAUUCUCAUUCUCGAUUCUGGAUGCCUUGGGAUUUUUUUAGUUUGAUCAGUGAUCAUGAUUCUUGACUGAUUUAUAGACCCCAUCCAGCAAGAAACAAUGGUUAUUCAACGCGGGACGGGGUUCGGCCUUAUUCGUCGUUAAAGCGCCUUGGCACAAACCCCCAGCUGGUCCGUUCAGGAACAGGAACAGGAACAGGAACAAGAGAUGGUUUGUUGUCUUCUUCAUCGGAGGUGGAUAGUGCGUGUGCAUGUGGGAGUGGAUGUGCGGAUUGGAC